AUGGAAAUUGGUUCCAUGAUACUACUAUUCUCAUGUGUUUUAUUCUUGCUUCUUUCAUCUUGUGCAACACUAGACACCAUAUCUACAAAUCAAGUAAUCAGAGAUGGAGACACAAUAGUUUCAGAUGAUAAAAUGUUUGAACUUGGGUUCUUUAGCCCCGAAAGAUCCAAGAAUUGGUACGUAGGGAUCUGGUACAAGAAAAUAUCAACGGGUACAGUCGUAUGGGUUGCUAACAGGGAGACAACAAUCACAGAUAAAUCAGGCAUGCUCGAACUUAGCAGGCAGGGAAACCAACUAAUUUGUAGCGGUGACAAUACAGUUAUCUGGUCAUCCAAUUUAACAGUAUCUGCAAUGAAUGAUAAUCUGGUGGUGGUCGUGCAGCUUCUGGAUACUGGAAAUCUUGUUGUGUGGGAUAGAAGUACCAAGAACGAACGCGUAAUCUGGCAAAGUUUUGAUCAUCCGGGUAACACAUUCUUACCCGGAAUGAAAAUUGGGAAAGAUUUGGCAUCAGGAAGAGAACGAGUUAUAAUACCAUGGAAGAGUGCAGACGAUCCUUCACCAGGUCCAUAUUUACAUUGGCUAGACACAAAUGGUUAUCCACAAAUAUUUGUGAGAAAAGGUUCGGUUAUACGAUGGAGAUCUGGACCAUGGAAUGGUCUUAAGUUUCAAGGCUGGAGCAUAGAAAACCCAAAUCCUAUUUACUCGAUUCAGUUUGUAAUGAACGAAAAGGAAAUAUAUUAUAAAUAUGAUCUUAAGUCAUCGGCUGUUCAAAGGGUCCUUGUGUUGCCAGAUGACGUCGCAGUGCCUUUGCAAUGGAUGGAUCAAAUCCAAGAGUGGGUUGUGCAUACUAUUGGAGCCGCAACAGAUAGUUGUGGUGGUUACGGGCUUUGUGGGCCAUAUGCAAGCUGCAAUGCUAACAGGUACCCCCCUUGUAAAUGUAUGGCAGGUUUUAAGCCUCAGGUCCCAGAUGAAUGGGAUAGAGCAAAUGGGUCGAGUGGGUGUGAACGUAAACAGGACUUAGAUUGUAUGAGUGGGUCUGGCUUUAAAAGAAUCUCAGGAAUUGUGUUUCCGGACACACGGCGUUCAUGGUAUAAUCAUAGCAUGACACUUGAAGAAUGUGAGAUGGCUUGCAGAAUGAAGUGCAAUUGUACGGCUUAUGCAAAUUCAGAUAUCAGAAAUGGAGGAAGCGGAUGUUUGCUUUGGUUUGAUGAGCUUAUGGACACCAGAGAAAAUGAUGAUAACCAAGAUCUUUACAUAAAAUUGGCUGCCUCUGAGUUUGCAGGUUCACACGUCUAUGGUUUUAACUAUAUUUUUGAGUUGUUAUAAACUUAAUACACUUGUAAGUUUAUUGUAAAUCAUUCAUGCUCAAACAAGAAGAAGAGAGUAUUUAUAGUGGUAAUUUUAACCACAUCUGUUGUGCUACUUCUAUUUAUGGUGGCAUAUGCUGUUACAAAGAAACGAAAUAGGCUUCAUAUGAAAGUAAGAGGUAACUUAGAUAUCUUCUGAUGCUUCUAGAAUUAAAAUCAUCCUUGCACUUUGGAAACUUAAAUAAUUUUUGGCUCCUUUGUGUAAUCACAUAUGCUAGUUUGUAGGAGACAGUUAUGCCCGUGAUAAAAAGGAUAACAAUGUUCAGAUGGAAGAUCUUGACGAGCUACCUUCAUUUAGCUUAAAUAAAUUAAUUAAGGCUACAGAUAACUUUGACAUCAAUAAAAAGAUUGGAGAAGGUGGAUUCGGCCCUGUUUACAAGGUAUAUAGAAGGGAACACGUAUUUGUAUCGUUAGUGAAAAGCGUGAAAUAGAACUGUAACGUUUCUAUAUUAGUGUGUGAUGGAAGAUGGUCAAGAAGUAGCCAUAAAGAGGCUAUCAGAAACAUCCAAACAAGGGCUUGAUGAGUUCAAGAAUGAAGUCAUUUGUAUUGCAAAACUUCAGCACCGGAAUCUUGUGAAGCUUAUAGGAUACUGCAUGCAUGGAAACGAAAUGAUUUUGAUUUAUGAAUACAUGGCUAACAAAAGCUUGGACACAAUUCUGUUUGGUUUGACUCGCUUUUAUCUCAAUGCACCUUUCAUUUCUGUGAAAUUCAAUAACAGACAAUUUACUAGCUGUACACAUGUUGUUAAACUCAUUAAUAGACAAUAAAUUAUUAGAUGGUUAUCU